AUGGCAGUGGCCAACAGGGUCUUAUAUCACAUGUUUGAAACUUAUAGUGAAAUGGGCCCUCACAGAAUUUCAUAUUCAGAUGUUUUAUCCGGAUUUAUAUCUUUUUUCGUUGUAGCUAUUGGAGGAACUAUCAUUGGAAUUAUCUGGGGCUUUGCAACAGGUUUUGUUACAAGAUUUACAAACCAAGUUCGUGUAAUAGAACCAAUUUUCAUUUUCGUCAUGGCAUAUCUUGCAUAUUUAAGUGCUGAAAUAUUUCAUAUGUCAGGAAUAUUAUCGAUCACAUUUUGUGGAAUUACUAUGAAAAAUUAUGUGGAAGCAAAUAUUUCUUAUAAAUCUCAUACUACAGUAAAAUAUGCAAUGAAAAUGUUAUCAAGUAGUUCUGAAACAAUAAUAUUUAUGUUUCUUGGAGUUGCAACUGUAAAUAAUAAUCACAAUUGGAAUACUUGUUUCAUUGUUAUAACUGUAAUACUUUGUUCUAUUUAUAGAAUAACAGGUGUAAUGAUACUAACUACUAUAGCUAAUCAAUUUCGAUUGCAUAAAUUAAAUCGAGUAGAAAAAUUUGUUAUGUCAUAUGGAGGCUUGCGUGGUGCUGUGGCUUUUGCUUUGGUUCUUUUAAUUGAUAAUAAACAUAUUCCUUUACAACCAAUGUUUGUUACAACGACAAUUGCAGUGAUAUACUUCACAGUAUUCUUUCAGGGAAUAACAAUAAAACCUUUAGUCAAAAUUUUAAAUGUGAAAAGAGCUGAAAAACGAAAACCAACUAUGAACGAAAGAAUACAUGAACGAAUAAUAGAUCAUAUUAUGGCAGGAAUCGAAGAUAUUUUGGGUAAACAUGGAAAUUAUCAUGUUCGUGAUAAGUUUAAGAGAUUUGAUAACAGAUAUAUUCGUCCAUAUAUUGUAAGAAACUAUUAUGGAGCAGAACCAAAAAUUUUAGAAACUUAUUCUAAAUUGACUAUGAAGGAUGCAUUGGAAUGCAUACGUCGAAAUGCUUCAACAUUAGGUAAUAUUAAUGGAAUAGAUAGUAUGUCUACUAUUUUUAAAAGUUCUAGUAACACCGGACAGCUUAAUGCAAGCUGUAGUCAAAUUGAAAAUGGAUGGAAUUUUGAUUUUCAAGAAUUAGAAUAUAAUCCAUCUAAAAAGGAUCUUACAGAUGCAAGAAUACAUCAUCUUCUUGCUGAAGAACUGUGUAAACCUUAUAAACGACAUAGACGUUUAAGUUAUAGUCGACAUGCAGUUAAUGACCGAGACUUAAGUACACAAGUUAAUUACAAAAUGCAUAUGAAUAUACGACGCCUAAUGGGAGAACAUAAACACCGAUCGAAACGUAAGAAAUUAACGAAGGAAUGUAAACAAAAUCAUGUUAGUUUUCCAGAUUCCCCAGUUCAUGUAUCAGAUAUUGAUAAAAAAAUGAAUAAAG